GGCAAUGCUUGACAUGCCACACAAUCGCCUUGAUGGCUCGUUGGCACACUGAUGAUCUUGCGCCGAAUUGUUUCAGCCUUCCUCCUCGAUUAUGUGGCUCAGGAGCUGCUGACAGGCGUAUGCGCGAGUGAGGUGAACCACACCAACACCAACGAGUCGGCAGCACAUGAGGAGAAACGUUGUGAGGUGCUGUCAGACAAGCACGGUCACUGGGAGGGCUCGCUGGAGCCUGGCGGCACCUAUGUGUUGACGUGCGACGGCGGUUUCGCCGUCGAUGGCAAGCCUCAGAUGAACAUGACGUGCUCCAGCAGCGCCGAGUGGCCAGCAAAGCCUUGGUGUGAAGAUAUCGAUGAUUGCGCGCUGCUGCUGUACGGGUGUGGACCCGCUGGUCUCUGCAAUGACUUGCAAGACGGUGUGGAGUGCGUCUGCGAGCGUGGAGCCCGUCGUGACAUUGCCAGCAACGGAGAGGUCGUUUGCCACUUCAAGGGCAACACUGAUUGCGGCGGACGGAACUGUGGCUCUCACGGGGUGUGCGUGCACUUGAAACAGUACCAGAACACCUUCGACACUGGCAACAGCUCCUUCCGCUGUAGCUGUGAGCAAGGCUACAUGGACGAUGGCGAGAGCUGUGUGGCUUCCGACUGUGGUCCCUUAGAGGACCCUUUCGGCGUGUGGCAGGGCAGCCAUGCCUACCUGGGCGAGUACACCCUGGAGUGCAAGCAGGGCGCCUUUGUGUGGGGCGGUACAGAGCAGGCCACCACCAUCAGCUGCCCAUCCUUCGGCCGCUGGCGGAAUGUACCGAGAUGCCUCAGCGCACUGGAGGAGAGUCGCAAGGCAGAGCAGGAGCGGCUCAAGGUCUUCAUCCAUGUGAUCGCUUCAGCCACCUGCAUCCUGAUGGCUGCGUUGGCUGCUGGGCUCACCAUGGGCCUGGUCUCCCUCGAGCCGGUUGAGCUGCACAUUAUCGAGGCAGCGCGAUUGGAGGACUGCUCCUCGAACAAGGAGCAAGCCCGCCUGCAGAAGCAGAAGGACGCGGCCAAGCUCAUUCUGCCCCUCCUGAAGGACCACCACUUGCUCUUGGUGACCCUUUUGUUGCUCAACGCUUUGGCCAAUGAGGCGCUGCCUAUUUUUCUGGACGACCUGCUGUCCCCCUUCUUCGCCGUGCUGCUGUCCGUGACCUUUGUGCUCGUUUGCGGGGAGAUCCUGCCGUCGGCGAUUUUCACGGGCCCCUGGCAGCUCACGGCCUCCGCGUGGUUUAUCCCCGUGGUCAAGUUUCUCCUUGGGGCAAUGUACUGCAUUGCAAAGCCCAUUGCAAAGAUCUUGGACAAGGCCCUGACCCACAGCCGCGAGGAGCGCUUCUCGCGGCCGGAGAUCCGGGCAGUGCUGCGCCUGCAUUCUCCGAGCGGGUGCUCCGAAGAAGCCUCAGGUCUGAUGACUCCGGUGACACCCGCAGGCGUCAGCCCGGCCCUCCGCACUGCGGAGUGCCUCCUGCCGGAGGAGGACCCCGUGGAGCUGCCCUGCGUGCUGGAGGACCAGGAGGUGGAGCUGUGCCUUGCUGUGAUGAGACUAGGCGACAUGCUGGUGGCUGACAGUCCGGGUUUCUACACCCUGAAGCAGUGCGCCAGGAGAGUCAUGCCAGUGGACUACUACAGCACAGCCAUCGGAGUCGCUGCCGAUGCAGUAUCUUCCAACAAGGACUUCGUGGUGGUGUUCCCCAGUACGGAGCACGUGCAGUGGCCUGUGGAGGUAGCCUGGGACGAGAUCUCAGGCAUUCUCCGGACCUCGGAGCUGCUGGAGAUGGGCGCCAGGGCAGUGGGGGACCUCUGCACGAGAAAGCACGUGCAGAAGCUGGAGGCCCACGACACGGUAGCGGACGCUUUGGCAGCUCUCGCGGAGACCCGCGACGGCGGUUUUGGGGUGGUGCUGCGGGGUGAGGACUUCUUUGGGAUCUUCGACGCUGAGGAGGCGCUGGCGGCGGUGCUCAUGAACGAGGAGCCCGCGGAGCUGCCGUCCCCGGGGCGCCUGGCGCGGCAGCGCCGGGAGGCGGGGCUGGGCGUGGGCCACCUGCGCUCCGACAACUCGCGGUCCGACUUCUCCCCGAGCUCCGGGAACACGUCCCCCGGCCGGGAGCCGGUGCCAGAGGCGGCGCAGCUCACAGGGCUGGCGCUCCGGGAGAUCGCGCAGCUGACUUUGGAGGACCAGUGCCCGCGGAUCACGGAGAGCGUGUCGAUGCCGCUGCCGCGGCGGCUGCACGAGCCGGAGGGGCUCGAGGGGCCCGAGGGGCCCGAGCCGGGGGAGGUGACAAAGUGCCGCACCAUCGAUGCGCCGAAUCGGGAAGACAGAUUUGGCGUUAGCCGCCAGUUUCCUAUGCGUGGUUGUGCAGAAUCCCGGGCUGACAGUGGACACCGGAGAUGACGACGAGGCCCACCCGGACCCAGCGCCUCCGGACCCAGCGCCUCCGGCGCCUCCGGCGCCGCCGUCGCCUCCGGCGCCUGCGGCGGCUCCGGGCGCGGAGGAAUCAGAUGGAUCUCCGCAUUCCAGGAACUCCUAGCUAGGCGUGGCAUCCUUUUGGGGUGGCCAACAUGUUUUGGUCCGGCCCGACUGUGCCUGGAGCAUUGCGAAAAUGAGGAGUCGCGCUGGAAGGAGUAGCGCUAGAGGGCAUCUUGAGGA